AUGGCGACCAAAUCAUCAAUGCACCUUUCUAUGUUUCCACUUCGGUUCCUCUGCUUCAUCAUAAUAACAUUGGUUUCGCCAUCGUCAUCAACACUGAGAGAGAUUAAAACAAAAGAAAAUUUUCGUUUCCCAAAAGACUUCCUGUUUGGCACUGCUUCUUCUUCUUACCAGUGUGAAGGAGCUUACUUAACCGACGGCAAAGCUCUAAGCAAUUGGGACGUUUUCACAACCAUCCCUGGAAAAAUCGACGAUGAAAGCAAUGGAAAAGUUGCCGCUGAUCAUUACCAUCGAUAUCCGGAAGAUUUGGAUCUGAUGAAAGAUCUUGGAGUUAAUAGCUAUCGGUUCUCUUUAUCAUGGGCUCGGAUUCUUCCAAAGGGAAGAUUUGGAAAUGUGAACAUGAAAGGUAUUGAUCAUUACAACAGAAUGAUCAACGCUGUUCUUGAAAGAGGGAUGGAGCCAUUUGUGACGUUGACACAUUACGACGUUCCACACGAACUCGAACUAAGAUACGGAAGUUGGCUAAGUCCUCAUAUCCGGGAAGAUUUCGUUCAUUACGCAGAGAUUUGCUUCCGAUACUUUGGGGACAGAGUUAAGUUCUGGACUACGUUCAACCAACCAAACGUUCAGUUGAUUUUGGGUUACCGGAAAGGGAUGCAUCCGCCAUCACAUUGUGCCAACUAUUUCGGAAACUGCACACGUGGAGACUCCUACAAAGAGCCACUUGUCGCUGCUCACAACAUUAUCCGGUCACAUCUAGCCGCCGUGUAUUUAUACCGGAUGAAAUAUCAGGAACAACAAAGAGGAAAGAUCGGUAUAGUUAUGAACUCGAUCUGGUAUGAACCGGUUAGUGAUUCCUUAGCAGAUAGAUUAGCUGCUGAGAGAGCUCAAGCUUUCUACUUGACUUGGUUCUUGGACCCGGUUGUGUAUGGAAGAUAUCCGAAAGAAUUGCAUGAUAUCGUUGGAGAAGAUCUCCCUGAAUUCACAACAGAUGAUCUCAAACUCUCCAAGAAUGGAUUAGACUUCAUUGGGAUAAAUCAGUACACAGGCGAAUACGCGCAAGACUGUCUGCAUUCCGCAUGUGAACCGGGAAAAGGAGGUUCGAAAGGUGAAGGUUUCGUCAAUACAAACGCUCUUAAAGACGGUUUAGCUUUAGGAGAACCGACUGGAAUAAGUUGGUUUCAUGUUUAUCCUCAAGGAAUGGAGAAGGCGUUGAUGUACGUAUCAGAGCGAUACAAAAACAUUCCAUUGUAUAUAACAGAAAACGGUUUUAGUGAGAACGGUACCGGAAUAUCGCUAAACGAUCACCGGAGAGUGAAGUUCAUGAGUAACUACUUAGAUGCACUCAAAAGAGCAAUGAGGAAAGGAGCAGAUGUAAGAGGAUAUUUCACAUGGUCUUUACUAGACAGCUUCGAGUGGUCAUUCGGUUAUACCUUAAGAUUCGGUCUCUACCACGUCGAUUUCGAUACUCUAGAGAGAACCCCGAGACUCUCAGCUUCUUGGUACAAGAACUUCAUUUCCAAGAACAAUGCUCAAUCCAAAGAUGCUGAUGCCUAA